UGCUGAGUGAAGGAGGAAGUCCUGUGUUGCUGUUGGACAAGGCAGGAACCACUUUGUCUGCUCACCACUGUUGACUGUUCCUCUACGGAAACCUUGCAGCCAUGAAGAGAUCUACCAGCAAAUCCAAAGAAUGCACCCUCAAUGCAGAGGACGGCUACGUAAGGAUGUUCCUCCGAGGUCGUCCUGUCACCAUGCAUGUUCCAGAUCAGCAGAGGGGGAGCUACAGCCUUGACCAGAAGGUGGCGCUACCUGACCGCAAGCUCAAGCUGCAGUGGGUGUAUGGCUACCGCGGACGUGACUGCCGCUCCAACCUCUACCUGCUGCCCACAGGUGAGAUCGUCUACUUCAAUGCCUCUGUGGUGGUGCUGUACAACACCGAGGAGCAGCAGCAGAGACACUACCUGGGCCACAACGAUGAUGUCAAAUGCCUGAGUGUGCAUCCUGACAUGGUUACCAUAGCAACCGGUCAAGUGGCUGGGAACUCUAAAGAUGGAAAGGUGCUGGCUCCUCAUGUUCGUGUUUGGGACUCUGUGAGCCUCAACACGCUCCAUGUGAUCGGGAUGGGAGUGUUCGACAGAGCAGUCACCUGUUUGGCUUUCUCCAAGUCGAACGGCGGCACCUUCCUCUGCGCUGUGGAUGAUGCCAACGAUCACAUCCUGUCGGUCUGGAACUGGCAGAAGGAGAAGCAACUGGCUGAUGUCAAGUGCUCCAAUGACUCUGUACUGGCUGCUGUGUUUCAUCCCAUGGAUGCCAACCUGAUUGUUACCUGUGGAAAAUCUCAUAUCAACUUCUGGACUAUUGAGGGCAACACUCUCAGCAAGAGACAGGGCCUGUUCGAGAAACACGAGAAGCCAAAGUAUGUGUUGUGUGUGGCGUUUGCUGAGAAUGGGGAUGCCAUCACAGGAGACUCCAGUGGAAACAUCUACGUCUGGGCCAAAGGUGGUACCCGCAUCAGCCAGCAGGUGUCAGGGGCCCACGAGGGAGGGAUUUUUUCUCUUUGUGUCCUGAAGGACGGCACCAUGGUGUCUGGAGGAGGGAAGGACCGCAAGGUGGUGCUGUGGGACCACAGCUACAAAAAGAAGGCAGAGAUGGAGGUGGGUGAAGCGUUUGGUCCUGUUCGGGCUUUGGCUGAAGGGAAACCUGGAGAGCUCUUUGUAGGAACCACCAAGAACGCCAUCAUCAGAGCCGCCUUCCCUGAUACAUUAACUCCUAUUGUACAGGGUCACACAGAUGAGUUGUGGGGUCUGGACGUCCAUCCCUCAAUGGAGCAGUUUGUCACCUGCGCCCAGGAUAAACAGGUUCACCUCUGGGACAGCAACUCUCAUCAGCCCCUCUGGAGCAAAACCAUUGAGGAUCCAGCGAGGUCUGCUGGUUUCCAUCCCAGUGGUGCUGUUCUGGCUGUGGGGACCAUGACUGGAAGGUGGGUGGUGCUGGACACUGACACCCGGGAUCUUGUUUCUAUGCACACAGAUGGCAAUGAGAUCAUUUCUGACAUCAAGUACUCACCAGACGGUAACUUCCUGGCCGUUGCUUCCCAUGACAACUUUGUUUACAUCUAUGCUGUGACGGAGAAUGGCAGAAAGUACAGCCGUGUGGGGAAAUGCACUGGCCACUCGAGCUUCAUCACCCAUCUGGACUGGUCGAAAGACAGCCAGUACCUCGUCACUAACUCAGGAGACUACGAGAUCCUCUUCUGGGAGGCAUCCAGUGGUAAACAUGUGACCAACAUGGACACAGUGCGCAACCUGGAGUGGGCCACUUACACCUGCACUCUGGGCUUCAACACCUUUGGAAUUUGGCCAGAUGGGGCAGACGGCACAGACAUCAACGCCGUGUGCAGGUCACAUGACGGAUCCCUGCUGGCCUCUGCUGAUGACUUUGGCAAAGUGUGCUUGUUCUCCUUCCCCUGCUCUCAGCCAAGGGCUCCCAGCCACCAGUAUGGUGGCCACAGCAGUCACGUGACCAACGUUGCCUUCCUGCAUGACAACACUCACCUGUUCUCCACUGGUGGGAAAGACACCAGCAUCCUGCAGUGGGUGGUGGCCUAGGCAAUGCUAUCCAUCUAAAUCUCUAAUCCCCCCCACAGGCAGGGACCAGCAUCCACUUGGACCUGUCCUCACUGUUUUAUCUUCCUGCCACCAGGGGGCAGUAUCUCCUGUGCCUACUGGAAAGUAAAAAAAUAAAAAACCACACACGACUUGACCUACCCACAGAUGUCACACCGGAUGAGAUGAGUAUCGCUGUAAUAAAUGGAAUAUUAUUAAGUGUCCUGCUGUUUGUAAUAGAAUGUAGAAAAAAUACUUAUUACCAUGCAGGAAGUGAAUCCUAACUGUUCCCAAAAAAUCAAUGAACGCAGUGAACACACUAAACCUGUGAUUUUAGCGUUAGUACUAACUGUGCCUAAAAUGUAUUUAUCUUGACCCCCUUUAAUGAGAAUGCCACCUAUUUUAAGGGACACAUGUAUUUGCAGGUUUUGGCUCCAUAAUUACAAAUCAGUUUUGUUGACCAUGUUUGAAUGCAUUCACACUUAGGGUUAGGUGAGGGUUUUAGUUAUUAUAUUUUGGGGUUUAAUAUUGGUAUGGUAUUUUUUCCUACUACCCCCACCACCUAUUGGUUUCCUUUAAUUUUCCAUGAAGUAUGAAAAUCUGACUCUUGACGCUUGCUUCGGGUAAAUGGGUUAAUGCAGUACAGACUUUGUAAAUUGGACUGCACUAGAACAGUGUCACCACCCAACAAGAAUGUAAGAUUGACAGAAAAUAAUGCGGAAUCGAUGUUCACUUUAAGUGGUGACCAAAAUAAAACAUUUUCUAAUAGAAUUUCAUAUCAUACUGAAUGCAUGGAAACAAAUUUGUUCUUGAAAAUGAAGAAAAAAUAUACUUGAAUAUCUAUGAAAACAGCAGCUUGGUUUGCUAAAUGGUGACCUGUUAUGCAAUAUACAUGAUUUGAAAUAACAGGGUUAAACACAUGCAAAAUCACAUGGCUGUGCAUGUAAUUUCUGCACCCAAAGUGAGCAUAUUGGAUUCAUGGACCGCUCUCUGCUAAAGCCAGAAAUUAAAGAGAUACACCUUCAAACUUGUGCAGGAUGUAGUAAAACAAAAUAUAACCAUGUCAAGAUGCGAUAUUCUAAAGUCAGUGAAUAUGUCCUGUAGCUUUAAGGAAGACUGAUGCAUGUUUGGAAAAAGUAACUGAUAUGUACUGUGACAAGGGAAGAUUGUUUUAGAAUUCCUAAAAUGAGUGUUGUUCCCCCUUUUUAAUAUUCUUACUAUAACCCCAUUGCCUUGUUAACUUACACGUUUACAUCCCAAGGCCUGAUUUCCAAAUUGCAGAUUGCUGUUGGAUAUUGUAAACGGUACAAAGUGGCUAUUUUGUCCAGAGCCUCUCAUUUUGCCUCUACCCCCGGGUUACUGUGUUUGAUUGUAUUACUGCUGUAACUGUGCUGAGAAGGCACUAGAUGGCGCUACAAUGCAAGAGAAUGAGCAUGAUUGAAGCUGCCCUCCUGUAGAUGCUGUUAAUGUGGCUAAGGUCUAUAGAGUAAAUAUAUGUAUUAUACAGUAUAUCUGAGUCUGUGUUAUUUAAAUAUUUAACUAACAAUGAUGGAUAUUAUUAUUGUUCCUGUGGCACUUAUCUCGAUUGACAGAAGGGUAAUAUAGGCUUGCUGUGCUGUGGAAGUGAGCUUGAGCUGUGCUUUGCCUUCUGUUUUGCUAAUAAAGUUUUUACCCAAAUACUCCUAAA